AUGGUGAUGUUAUCAUGGGGAAUGUUUGGAGUGGUAUUGGCGGCCCUUUACCGCGGCUCCCUCACGGCCUACCUGAGGCCACCCUACGCAGUGCCACCCACCCACACCCCUGGGGGAGCUGUGGGCGUCCGGGGGCGCCAGCUGGGGCCUGGAGGGCGGCUGGGACUGGGUCAGGUACCACGCCAGCCCUCAGAUGCAACGCACUUUCUCCCAGCAUACAGAGACAUGAUGCUUCGCGUGUGGGUUGUAGCGGCUUCCCUAGUGGUUGUCUUCACUCAGGGGGAGUGGUCAUCUGAGGCUCGCUCUCCAUUCUCCCAGGACCUCAUCUCCUCCUUAUCUCAGAUGAGGAAGAACAAGCGCACAUCCCAGACUGGGAUCACCACCACAGAUGUAAUCUGGCUGCAAGACUGUUCACCAAGACUGGCCUAUGUGACGGAGAGGCAGGAUGCUGCCCUUCGCUGCAACCUGCUAGCACCCUCAGGCACUCAGCUCACCUGGUACAAGAACAACUUUCCUCUGCUGCGUCAGGGAGCCGCCCAGGAGGUGAGCCAAGCCCUCUCACGACAGGAGGCCCUGGAAGAGCACACUAACAUGGUGGAGUACCAGGGCUCUGCGCUCUCGUCGGUGGACGAGGCCCUGUCUGCCAGGCUGCACUUCGUCUCCCUCGUCUACAUUGACUGUGUCGACGCCCAGGACGUGGCGGACUACAGCCUAGAGGUCACCACUCCCAACAACCAGGUCGUCUUCCGUAACUUUACCCUCCAGAUUACAGGCCAGGGCCAGCAGGGCCAGACGUGCAGGUACAGCACCGCGGUGGUCAACAACUUGCCCAGGAUCUUCCAGUACUCGCUAGAGGCGCGGGCGGAGGUGGGCGCCGCCCUCACCCUCCCCUGCAGGUCCCAGGGCUUCUACACCCGCCAUGUCUGGUACUUCAACAACUCUCCUCUUCCCUCCGCCCACCCUAAUUACCAGGUGCUGACCACCGGGGACUUGAUGAUCCAGCAGGUGACCCAGCAGAGCUACGGCAGCUACACCUGUCGUGUGGUCAGCACCAGGUUCACCGGCCUCGAGCACAACGUCUACACCCAGGUCAACCCCCAGGUACGGACCAUCUAGACUACAGAGCUUCCUGCCCUCCCUGGCGCCUACCAUGACGUUUCUGACCACCACCAUGGCUACCAGACCUACCCACCAUGGCUACCAGACCUACCCACCAUUCCUACCAGACCUACCCACCAUCGCUGCCUACGUACGACCUCCAAGGAACCUCCAAGGUGGACCUACGCACACCCUUGCUUCCCUCGGCUUAUACAGCUCAUACACGCCUACACUCGCUUGUGCAAAUAGGAAUAUUGGCAUAUUCUAACAUGGUGUGAUGAAGCAGGUGUAAUCUAAAGUCUCUCCUGUCUAAUUUGAAGGAGGGCUUCAGAUUAGACAGGAGCUCGACUAGGCACUCUACAAGCUGCUUAGACAACUUGCCUUCAUCAGCUUGACGUAACAUGAAGUAGAUAAAUGCUUGUAAUCAUUAAAGCUCAUUUUAACUCCCAAGACUUUGACUACUGACAAUGUGAUUCGAGACUACUACAAGGUGGAAAUUGGUGAACACUCCACAAGUGAUCAGUGAGGUGUUGAGGUAUUCUGCUGGUUGAAAUGUUCACUCGAGAAACAUCUAGCUGUCAUAUAUUGCAUGUACUUUAUUUAUUUGUUAACGUAUGUUUCUGUAUCUUUUGUAUUACAUGCGUCGUGUUCGAUCCUUAGACCAAGACGAUAAACAUUCAAUCCUUAUCAACGUUCUUAUGUAGAGUUAUGACCUUGUUACACUGACAGGAAGUGAUUGAUGAAGAUUAAGCCACCCAAAAGGUGGCACGGGCAUGAAUAGCCCGUAAGUGGUGGCCCUUUUGAGCCAUUACCAGUAUCAAGAGCUGAUACUGGAGAUCUGUGGAGGCGCGACUGCACCCUGCGUGACGGGAGAUGUCUCCCGGACCAAAUGGUGACCAGAUGGUGGACAGGAAGUGCUUGGUCUGCCCUUAACACGCUUAGUUGAAGAGGUGAGAUUAGUGGCUUAUCCCUCAGUGACCCAGAGUGACACUUCAAGAUGUCACACCACCAAAGACAACAUUCCCGCCAAACACCUACCACCUACGGGGGUUACUCAUGCCCGUGCCGCCUCCUGUGGUGGCGUAAUCUUCAUCGAUUGAUUGAUGAAGAUUAAGCCACCCAAAAGGUGGCACGGGCAUGAAUAGCCCGUAAGUGGUGGCCCUUUUGAGCCAUUACCAGUAUCAAUAGCUGAUACUGGAGAUCUGUGGAGGUGCGACUGCACCCUGCGUGACGGGAGAUGUCUCCCCCGUGAAUCUUCAUCAAUAACAACAGGUCUAUAACCCCCAUUUGGCCGGCUUGGAUCACCUAGGUGAGAGAGAUGGUCAUUAACCAACACACGGGAGUCAUUAGUGUUAAUAUCCAAUUUCAUUAGUCAGUGCUAACCCCCCCCCCCUAGUUAAAUCAUUAAUUCCUUCGUUUUAUGCUGCAAAGGUUGGCCUCAGUGGAAGCCACUUAACCACAUAACAAUUCACUAACUAGGGUGAUUAUUAAGAGAUUAGAUAUAGCAGAAGCACUUCACAUCAAACAUGUACAGUUAUCAACAGCAAACUCACGCCAAGGUACUUCCUUGCUUCACGCCUCGGUACAUCCUUGCUUCACACCAAGGUACAUCCUUGCUUCACGCCAAGGUACAUCCUUGCUUCACGCCAAGGUACAUCCUUGCUUCCGUCAGUGUUCUCACUGAUUGUCUCAGAGCGUUGAUAUUGAGAGACUUGAUUUAUCUUUCACAUUAUCACUAAAUCUAAUUUACUUAGAUUUCACUAAAGUGGAUUCCCAGGAAUAGGAUUUAACCCCAUUCCGGUUAAUCCAAAGAAUCCCUAGUCUCAUCAGAACACUCAUCUUUAAGUUUAGAUUUAGGAAAGACUUGGGUAAAUACUGGUUCAGUAACAGGGUUGUUGAUUUGUGGAACCAAUUGCCGCGUAACAUUGUGGAGGUGGGGUCCCUCGAUUGUUUCAAGCGCGGGUUGGACAAGUAUAUGAGUGGGAUUGGGUGGUUAUAAAUAGGAGCUGCCUCGUGUGGGCCAACAGGCCUUCUGCAGUUGCCUUUGUUCUUAUGUUCUUAUGUUCUUAUGAACACCAGUGUUCUUCAUCACAGUCCUUGACUUGAACACGGGUGAGAUCCCCCAUCAGGUCUCCGACCGUGUGUUCUUUUUGUUCUUCAGUUCUCUGUUCAAAAAGCGGUAAUUACCAACACACAACGUAACCACGACGUUCUUUCUUUUUUCACGUUUGUAACAACGU